AUGAGUUCAGGUAGUGCUUAUCAGAGGCAGAGUCAGAGAGCUUCCAGUCAGUCUGCGAACUCGGUAGCAAGAUCGCGGACGGGUCAGGAGUCUGUUGCUAGUGAAUCCAGGAGAACCCCAUGUGUAAGUUGUGGCAAGAGUCAUCGGGGUCAGUGUCUUAUUGACGUCGGUGUGUGUUACCAGUGUGGACAAACAGGACAUUUCAAGAGGGAUUGUCCACAGCUGAGAGUAGCAGUUCGGAGGGACCAGGGAGUUGAGUCCCACACAGUUGAGCAGCCGAGAAUCUCAACAGCCGCAGGGGAGGGAACUAGUGGUGCAAGACAAAAGGGAGUUGUGGGGAGACCUAGGCAGAUGCUAGAGCCUUUAUCUGAAGAGUUAGUCAUAUGCACACCAGUUGGUGACGUUUUAUUAGUCAGUGAAGUGUUAAUUGAUUGUGAGGUUGUAGUGGAAGGUCUAUGCAUGUUAGUGGAUCUUCUUCCCCUAGAGUUGCAGGCAUUAGAUGUAAUUUUGGGAAUGGACUUCUUAUUCACUCACUAUGCUUCGAUGAAUUGCCAUAGGAAAGAGGUGACUUUUAGGAAACCAGCUGAUUUAUCGGGUUUGCCGCCUGAUAGAGAAGUGGAAUUCACUAUUGAAUUGUUACCAGGAACAGUACCUAUUUCACAAGCACUAUACAGAAUGGCUCCGAGCGAGCUUAAGGAGCUGAAGGUGUAG